AUAUUACCGGUAUCGGACACUGAGCGAUACGGAAAUCCCGAUAUCGCAAAACGAUUUUUGUGCCGAUAAUACCGUCCGAUACGGUAAAUACAGUACACCGAUAAUAUCGUAUUAUCGGCGAUAUUUGUCAUUUGCUGUAAUUUCUGAGGGCAUUUUCGGGAUUAUAAGAGAAGGGAAGAGAUUUAAUCCCUAAAUCCCAUCGAUACGCAAAGGGUAGAGAGUUGAUUUUACAAAUUUCGUUGCAGGUUCUUCUUCUCUAUUUUAAUGGCGAGAUUCAGUUGAUUCUAUCUUAACAAGAGGUCCAAGGGAAGAUACAUCUUAUAUGCAUAUCCAGCAAAGGCAAAGUCGCUGAAGAAACAUCAAAACAGUUCAUCUAGCAACUGGGUUGUGAUUAUGGAUUCUUCUAAUGCAUCAAAUUCAAAUACGGCAAACACUACCUGUGAUUUAUUGCCCUCUUCUUCGGCUACUCAAACUAAAGAUCCAGCAUGGGAAUGGGGUGAACGCCAAGACCUAGCAAAUCAAAAUAUAAUUACUUGUUUGUUAUGUAAGAAAUUAAUUCGUGGUGGUGGAAUUACUAGGCUUAAGGAGCAUCUUUUACAUAUUAAAGGGAAUGUUUCUUCAUGUCCAAAUGUGUCCAUUGAUAUUAUGAACAAAGUUGGUCUGGUGAAUUCUGUAAAGAGGACCAAAAAAGCUCAUAAGGAUAACAUUGAUUUAGCGUAUCGGCGUGCAAACAACUCAGAUGAAGCCUCUGAUGCUGAUACCGAUGUUGAAGAACAAGAAGUUGAAAUUGAUGGCAAUAUGGGCAGUCGUGGUGCUGGUGCUGGUGCUAGUGCUGGUGUGGGUGCUAGUCAACUAGUUUCUCAGAAUCAGACAAAGAGAAAGAGGAUAAGCCAAAGUAAUAGUAGAGGUCCAAUUGAUUUAUAUAUGAAGACAGACCACAAAAAAACUCAACAGGCCACUCUUGAAAGAGACUCAGCUGUGAAAGAGAAGUUAAUGAAGACUGCAUGGAAAUGCAUUUCAGCUUGGAUGACUGAGAAUUCAGUAUCAUUUAACACUGUUCGUUGCCCAAGUUUCAAAGAAAUGAUAUAUGCAAUAGGCGACUAUGGGAAAGCUAUGCCCCCACCAUCUUACCAUCAGAUUCGUACGAAUCUUUUCAAGGACCGGUUAGUAGAAAUGAAGAAAUUUGUUGAUACAUUUAGGGAACAUUGGAAGAGGUUUGGAUGUUCUAUCAUGUCUGAUGGCUGGACAGAUGGGAAAAAGCGACAUCUUAUUAACUUUUUGGUGAAUUGUCCGAAAGGGACAGUUUUUUUGAAGUCUGUGGAUGCGUCAAACAGAACCAAUGAUGCUGAUUUUAUACGUGGGCUUGUAAAGGAGGUAAUUAACGAUGUUGGGGAAGAAAAUAUAGUUCAGUUCAUUACCGAUAAUGGUUCAAAUUUUAAAAAGGCAGGGAAAGAUUUAAUGCUUGAAUACCCAAAUAUGUUUUGGACUCCUUGUGGUGCUCAUUGUGUUCAGUUGAUGCUAGAAGAACUUGGUGGCAAGCUUCCACGAAUCAAGACAGCCGUCAUUCUAGGUAAGAGACUCGUUACAUAUAUUUAUGCUCAUUUUCAAGUAUUAAGCUUAAUGAGGGAGAUGAUCGGUGGUGAAUUACAUAGGUCUACAAAGACUAGAUUUGCAACUCAGUACUACACACUAGAAAGUCUUGCAAAGUAUAAAACCCAUUUGCAAAUAAUGUUUGUGAAUGAUAAGUGGUUGAAAAUGAGGUUUGCAAAAGAAACUAUGGGAAUUAAUGUACUUAAAAUUGUCACAAGCAGUACAUUUUGGGAAGAUGUUGAUUAUUCUUGUAGAGUGCUAAAGCCUUUGGUUAAGGUUGUAAGGUUAGUGGAUAUCGAGCGCAAACCUACAAUGCCUUGUUUUUAUGAAGCAAUGAGGAUAGCAAGGGAGAAACUCGAGGAGAAUUUCAGUCAAGAUGAUAGUACUUGGGCUGUAAUUAAGGCUAUCUUUGAUAAAGAUGGAAGAAUAACUUCAAUCAUGCUCUACAUUGUGCUGCAUUUAUUUAAAUCCUUCCAUAUUCUACAAAGUCCCUGCUCAUCUAAUGGAUAA